AUGAGCCUGGUGGAGGUGAUUCCUUGGUCUCUGUCAAAAUACCUGAAUGUUUCUCGAAGAGCUCGUCCAAGUCAAAGUCCUGGUGACCUUCACUACUUCGGUCAGAUCCCGGCGCUCAACGACUGCCUGUACAGAUCCAUGUACCGGUCCAGAUACGUGGCGCUGCACGACCCGGACGAGCUCAUCCUGCCGCAGACGGUCGACAGCUGGUCGCAGCUGCUGCCGCUUCUGGAGAAGAGACACGGCGUUGACCGGUGCUUUAUCUUCGAGAACAACUGGUUCCCCACCGAAUUCACGGUGCGUCCUCCGCCGCCGAACGUCCUGCCUGCGUUGGGCCGCUGGCGCGACGUGUUCGGGGUCAACAUCCUGACUCACCUGUACAGCGAACCUGUCCAACCCAAACCCGUCUUCAACAACUACAAGAUCAUCACCAACCCUCGGUCCGUGUUCGUCGUCACCGUCCACGGAGUCCUGCGGUCGCAGAAGAACUGCGCCUGGGUGGACAGGAAGACCGCCCGCAUGUACCACACCAAAGCUCGAGGACAAAGUGGACUGAAAGCCCAGCAGCUGGUUUAUGACGGCCGGCUGCUGAGCUACAGCGGCCGCCUGACGUCCGCCGUCGACGCCGUCCUGAACGAGACGCGGCUCCUGCCUGAGUGAGCCGGUGGCGCAGCGCUUCUGUUCACGUCGUCAGCAGGAAGGACAUUUAAUCAAUUUAUAUGGACCAUAUGUUUCUGACUUUAUAUGUUUCUGUAAAUUAAAGCUAUUUCAAAAACA